GCAGCAAUUAUGGCCGCUCCAUCACAUGGGCUGCGCGACACGCUGAAUCCGCUCGCCGCCAGGGGGAAAUCGACUCGGAGAAGUACACAGUGGCGGUCGUUCUCGGAUGUGCGGGCGGGGUCUGCCGUACCCGAAUCCGAUAUAGAACUCCGACGGUUUUUACAGCUUUGAUGCCGACAGCACCUCACGCCUCCAGCUAGCUCCGAACACGCGUCUGUGGAGGGCGACAUCAUGGGAUGGAGUCGCCUACAGCCCCACAACCGCCUGCUGGCUCCACGCCAGCCAACGACGAACCGCCCAAGAUUCAACGUGCGAGAGCCGCUUGCCUCCACUGCCGCAAGAGGAAGAGCAGAUGUUUGCUAGACACCAACGGAUCGAUUCCUUGCCUACGCUGCAAACGCGAUAACCUCGAUUGCGUGCUGGGAGGCAGCAACCGCGGCGGCCGCAGAGUGCGUCGGAAGACAGUUGAUACACAAGGAUUGCCGUCUCUGGCAGCAUACGGGCAGGAUGAGGCGAGUUUCCAUGGCCUUGGAAACGUGGGAACAACGCCAUGGGUACGAAGCGAACCCAAUGGGCAGCAGCAGGCCGGGUCAGACCCUCAAAUGCCGCGGUCCGAGUCCUCGACCUCUGACGAAAUACCGUUCUCCCAUUUGCAGAAUCCGUCCGACGCGCUGGGGAUACUGGCCAGAGUUGCGGAGACAAGCUCUGAAGAAAACACGCGUUCGAACAGCCAGGGUAUACCACCGCCGAACAUGCACGCGACACGACCUCCGGAGCAUAACCGGCCUUCUUCAGCAUACUCAUAUCCACUUCUUGAUAAGGGAAUUCUCACAGUCCAGACCAUCUAUCAGCUCCUAACCCGAUAUCAUCUCAACUACCACCCCUACUAUCCUUUGGCACCCGUGCAGACAUUCGACACCACCCGGUUAGCCGAGACUGCGAAAAGGGAGCCUCACCUCCUGACGGCCAUACUGGUCAUCUCAUCCAAAGACUUGGUUGAGGAACCCCACAUCUACGAUGCAUGCUCAGAGCACAUGAAGAGUCUCGUCUCGAAUCUGGCUGCUGGAGCCAAUGCCGACGUGGAAGCCGUGGAAGCGCUCCUCAUAUUGGCUGAAUGGGCUCCAUACACCCAACGGCGGUCAGGGAAAGUUGGCAAGGGGGAGGAAGACAAAGAAAGCUGGAUGCAUGUCGGCCUAGCCUUGCGAAUCGCGUACUUCUUAGCCCUGGAUAGGUACUCUUUCAGGUUCGUGGAUCAGGGAAAGGAUCCAAACCACAGCCGAAAACGACUACUCUGGACCGCCGCUUAUGUAUCAGAUCGGCACAUCUCCAUACGCAUAGGAAAAGCCUUCUGGUCGCGAGGGCCAGGUCCUCUCACCACUCUGAGACGCGAGGACUAUCCCUCUCUCAUUCCGAAAAGCCCCAACGAAGAGGACUAUGCGUCCAUCUUCCAAGCGAAUCUAGAAUUGACACAACUUUUCAGUAACGUCCACGACGUUCUAUACUCCAAUCCCGGUUCGAGUUUCAGGAGCCACAUGAGUGGAAGCUACAUCAAGUUUAUCGACGACUUCCGCUCAGCGAUCUACGGCUGGAAGAGUGUUUGGGGGACACUGACCUGUUCUCCUCCUCUAAAAGCAUGCCUUCUAAUGUCCUACGACUACCUACGACUCUACAUCAAUGCGUUUGCCUUUCAAGCUACUAUUCUGCGUGCUCUUCCUGCCGCGAACGGAUCUUCAGAUGUUGGCACGUCGACUGCUCAGCGAAGCACCUCCGGAAGCACGAUGCAAGUUCCACAAAGAGUCUUCGGCAACAAUGUGGGAGCUGUUGGGGAUGCCAGAUUCAUCUACGAAGGCCUCGACGCCGCGAAAGCGAUACUGACUACUGCCAACAACUUCGUCGACCCCGAGAAUUCCCUGCGGUUCCUGCCUCUUCGGUACUACCUCUACCUCGUAUAUGCCGGAGUCUUUCUCUACAGAGCUCGUUGCACCGGCGUCAUCAGCGGCGACGAAGAUCGCGCGAUUCGCGCUAUGAUCAACGAAACGGUUAACAGGCUACAGCGGAGCAGUGUCGCAGCAGGGAACGGCAUUCAGCACCCCGGAAGCAGGUAUAGUCAGCUCCUCAAGCUCCUGUGGGCAAAAGUUCCACGUAAGGACAAAUCUACCCGGACGUCCUUCCGACACCCAGGCACACACACCGCAAACAACCCCCUAGACAGCAACGGCUACCCUAUUCCAACACCUGGUGCAAACCCUGUACAGUCACCCUCGCAAGCGGGCAGUGUAGGCACAGGCGAGAGCCCAGCCCUCACCGAGCAUAUGGGCGAUUUUGGAUGGACGGACUUGGGAGCCGUUGGAGACUUCGCGAUGAAUGGUUCAGGCGCGACGGGUCCGAUUGAUGACGCUGCGUUGUGGUCGGGCUUUCUUCCUUUGGAUAUGGGAUGGUCUUCGGCAAUGGGCGGCACGGGUUUAGGACUGGGCUGGGAUGGUGUUCCUUUUGAUGGAAAUGAACUUGGGAUGGCUUUUUGAUCUGCGCAUUUAUAGACCAUGGCUUCAUAGCGAAAGAUACGGUGCAAUGUGUUCGAGGGCGGUUAAUUCUAUUUCUGGGACAUUUCAGAUCUCCUCUUCAGCGCGGUGUAGACCAGAAACCCGCCCCAGGAGAGAAAAUGAG